UUUUGUUUUUAUGUUUUGUUUUAUACCUCCUGCGCCGUGGUUUUCGCGCGUUGAUGUAGAAGUCCGCGCGAAAAAAGAUGACAGGCUAGGUGUUGCGACUCUUUAUUUUGGCGCGAACGUGCAUUACAAGCUCAACAUGUCUUUGAUGAAGCAGACUGCUCUCACGCGCUAUUACAGUGCAAAGAAACAAGGUUCUACGUUGAAGAACAAACGGACCGAACUCGGAAGCAGUGUCGACAUUUUGCGAACGCCAAAGACUGUCGCUCAGGGUCUGAUCGGUUUCAACUCAGAGCCGUGCGCCAGCUUGCCUCACAAAAGGAGACGCACUGACGCUGUGGAGAAGACUCCGGUCACAUCAAAGCAAGGUAACUGCUUGCCAUUUCGGCGACCUCCUACUUCGGUUCGCAAGCGCCUGCUUCUUCAUGAGGAUGUUGACGGCGCCGACAUGCCGGACUUCUUCAAGAAAACCAGCGCUAAACUACCAUUCUCACUGCUUGAAGAAACGGAGAAGAAGCCUGACGCUCUGUUGAAGCAUGCAUCUGACACGGAUGAGAAACAGAAGAGUGCCGUCAUAAAAAGGCUUAUGGCGUCCGGCAAGCUGCAAGAGCUGCAGGAUAGGCUGAAGGCUAUCGACAACGCACAGAGCGCUCUCCAAAAAGUGCAGGCAACGAGGAAAACCCAAGACCAAGCCGUGCAAGGCCCAGCCUAUGAGCGCUUUCACCACCUUACAGAGCCACUCGUACCGAGCCUGACCCUUCCAUACAGUUACAAAGAACUGGCCGAAAUAUUCCGGUGCUGUGACACGAUCGUUAGUAUGUUGUUCAACAGAAAGGAAGUUUGCACAUUCGACAAACUGAAACGUUCUGUUGAGGAGAUGUCAAAGAAAACCUUCAGCAAGGCCAAACUCGGUCAGAUCACAGCAAUCUUUCCAGGUGCAUACAUUUUGAGUCGGGAGAAGUUGCAGCAACGUGGGCUCACUGACAGUGGCUACCAUCUUGUAAUAACACCACAUUUGCCCCCGGAUGGCUCAAACGUGCUCACUGCAGCCCACCUUCUGCACCGAAGAAAACAGUUUCAUGCUCUUCUACUUUCUGCUGUGAAAGAGCACCACGAGAAGUUCCUUCUGAGUUUGGACCCACCCGUGAAGAUUGCAGCGGAUGCUUUAACCCGCUGGCAUCCAAAGUUUCCUUUGGACAGCAUACCCAACAUAUGUCCAGGACCUCUCCCUGAGUCUCCACUGAAGAAAUCCUGCACCUCAGCACAGGAUGUGCUAGACAAAGUCAAGGGAAGGCUUGGUGAGCGUAUUGAAAAAGCACUGUUGAGCUUGAGUGCAGACCAGCGAUCAGCUGUUAAUACACCGCCUUCACAUAGUAAUAACGUGGCCAGCACUUGCUUGAAAGGGAUAUCUGAAGAUCUCCUUGCCCGCAUACGUGAACGCGAGUCAUUCAAACUUGUCAAAGAAAUGACGCUUCGACCAGAGGAUGAAAAAGAGCGGGCAGAACUGGCCAAGCUUCCAGAGUUCAUCAGAAUCACACGGUCCCACUUUCUUGCUGAACAGAAGGCAGCUAUAUUGAAGGACGACCUUGUGCAGAAGAUCAGAGAAAGCUUUUCAUCAAUUCAGGCAGUGGCUGAAGUUGAGUCUCUCAUCACCCUUGCUUCAAAAGUGCUUCCUGAUUGGUUUAAAGUCCUAACUAUCCGGCGGGGCACAUUUGUUAAGAUUGUGAAGGAGACUGACAUUAAUUGUCUUAUUGCUCGUGUAACUAACAAGCUGCAGCAAUGAGUAUUGCACACUGCUGAUUUUAAUCAACACAUUGCACUGGCACUUUUUACCUUCUUGUACUGUGAAAUAAGGCAUCUGUUAUCAAUGUCAUGCACCAUGAGCACAUAUUGUGCAUUUCAUUGACCUACUUUUAUUGCCUUUCAUUUUUUUGAUGCCCUUUAUACCAGAUGCUUGUGCACAUUUUAAAAUUUUUAUACAAUACUUUUUAUACACAUUUCACACUGUUUUUCAUACUGCCAGCAUCUGGGUGUGAGAAUUUGUCUUUGGGAACCCGUUACUCAUGUACCAUGUAUAUGUGGUGAGCCUCAUUGUAUCUGCUCAUGUUUGUUCUUCAAGUCAAAUAAAGUAUACAAUUUCAUGA